AUGUUCACUCCCCUCAAGUGCCUGGCAGUAGGCUCGACAACAACCGUAGCUUCUGCCAAACAGUUCCUUGAACGAGUUAAACAUCUGAAGUUAGAACCAAACGAAUCCAUGGUGUCCUUCGAUGUUGUCUCCCUCUUCACCUCCAUCCCACAGCAAUUAGCGAUCGGUGUUGUGGGGCAAAUUCUAAGCGUACGCUACGAAGAAAUCGACAAACCCCUGAGGUCUGAUCAUAUGCUCGAACUUCUACGACACUGCCUCAAGACCUACUUCAUAUUUGGUGGACAAAUGUCUUAA